UUCGUCGUCUCCGUCGACUGCUGUAUCCGACAACGAGGGCAUUGAGGUAUCCACCCCACCGUGACGAGGUCGUUAUGCGCGUCCAGAAGGCUGACGAACCCUUCUUGAUUGGAUCAACGUUGAUAACCUGAGCAAGCGUCCAGAACGACGCACGGUGGCAAGGCGAAAAGAGAGAUGAAAUCUGGUUGCGAACAAAGUUGGGCCGGGCCGAACCGAGCAAAGCGGGCGAAUCUUCGAGCUUUGAGGAAUCUUACUCCUCCUGCCACCACUGCUGCUACUGCUGCUGCUGCUGCUGCUACUGCCGUCGUCGAUAUCAUAGGCUGGACGCUGUUGUGUUUGUGCGAGGCGCGUACGGCGAUGCGACGUUAUCGACCACUCUUCUUUGGUUCCCGUACACAGAGCGCGGCAUGGGGGGCUACAUAAAGCCUGCUGUUUUAAUGCAUUAUUGAAAAUGUCCCACGUGCAACGUGUUCGGAGCAGAGUGCAUUUCCAAUGAAUCGUUAGAGUGAUUCACGCAGGAGAAAAACGUAAGUAUAUGCAAAAUUAAAUUUGAAAUUCGUACGAUUUUGGAAAGAAAUUUUGGAACGAAUAAUUUCCUCACUGCCUUUCGAAUAUGUCUUUAUUUUCAAUGGUUCGUUAUUAUUUUGUUGCCACAAAAAAUUUUAUAACACUGCCGCAAUAUUGCCACAACUUUGCUGCAAUCUUGUUCACGAAUAUUUCGCAUUUUCCCACAUUACGAUGCAAUCUUUGAGAAAUUGCUGCGCUUGAGUUUCCCGAAAUAUUGCCGCAAUAUUGCUGCAACCUUAUUGGAAUCUUCCGCUCGCUUGCAAAUAUCUCGCGCGUCGCGAUGAACUCCAGCAAUUUCAUAGAUCACAUCGCGCGUUCCGAAAACUAAUCCGCGAUUACGAUCGCGAUCGUAUGCAAGAGUCGACCACGUAAUAUUCGAAAGACGCCGUGCGGAAUUUCCUCCAGUGGUGUCUCCGUUCUCAGGAGGUCCAGCUUUUUGAUUUCGCCGCUCCGGAAAAAGUUCCGGAUGCCGUUGAACUCCCGCUCCGGCCGCUCCGGGAAUGCGACUACGUGAUCGCCGUGAUUGUUAGCUGCUGUUUUUAUGAUGAAUGUGAGCACUGGAGACAGUGACGAUGUAUCCUUCCGUCUGGGAGAAAUGUUUGACAGCUAUGAAGAACUGGAACAAAAGCUGGACAGAGUCUCAAAACACACUCUGGUGCAUUACUGGAGACGAGACAGUAGAACUGUGAGUGGAGCGCACAUGAAAACUGCACGUCACAUUAGCGAGCGAUUAAAGUAUUAUUCUGUCAAAUAUGCAUGUAUUUAUGGUGGCCAGAAGUUUCUCCCACGUGGCGCUGGCAGGAGACAAUCUCAGUCUAUACGAACAAAUUGCCCCGCUCAUAUUAUGGUCAGAGCAUCUAAAGAUGGCACAAAGUUGGAAGUGACCAGUGUCAAUAAUGAACACAAUCACGAAAUCUCAGAGGACCUAUUUAAAAGACUUCCUCAAGAGAGAAAGCUCUGUGGUGAGAUUAAACAAGAAGUUCAAGAUCUCAUGCAAUUGCAUAUUGAUCGUAAAAGAUUGAAAGAGUACGUGCGAUUGCGCACCAAUAAGAUACUGCGGUCCAAGGAUCUGUUUAACAUAGCAGCAGCAAAUAAACAAAAGAGAGAUAUUACACCAGAACGAGCAUAUCAGUUGUUUAAAAAAAUACAUGAUAUUGAGAAGAUGCAAGCCAGGAGCGGUAAUAGAAAAAUAUAUCCCGAAUCUGAGGACGAAAUGGCGCAAACCAUAAAAAGAAUGAAAAAGGAGCAGGAACCCGCCUGGAGUCAAGAUGGAUUGUCAACGGAGUUAGAAGUAAGCGAGGGAAAUGAUGGCGAAGAUUCUUAUAGUGGUCAAUUGACGCAAGAAGAGGUGGUUGGCGAGAUCGAUACAAACGAGGGCGAAUUGUUGAGAACAAAUAAUGAGGGCGAUAUAAUAACGGCCAACGGAGAGAUAGUAGGUGAGCUAGUAAUGGAAACUGGAGAUCCAUCGGUGAUAGUCGAGUCUAUCGUCAAUGCAGACGGUUCCGUUUUCGUCGAUGAGAGAGAAUUCAAUAGCUACUGCAACAAUCAUUUGUCGCAUGCGGUAGACGAUAGUCAGUCACCAAAGCCACGUGUUUUAGACAUAGAAACGAUUACUUCCACCACCACUAUCGAGAAAGUUACGAGGGAAACGUCUACAUCUCCCAAUCAUAAAUCACAAAACGACCUUUUACCGCUUCAACAAUCACCAAAGUCUCCCAGCAACUUUCAAGAAACAGAUUCAAGAAUUUGGAUUAUGAAGGAGGGUACUUCUAUGGAAACGGAACCGGAAAGCGGACCCGAGAGUGAGAUAAAUUUAACGGCGAAGUCAGCCUCGAUGAUGAAGCCGGACAUGGAGAUAUCUGAUGCUGUGCUAUCCGACGAAACGAGUCAUCAAUUAUUGCAGGAGCAACUGGCAGUGUUACGCGCUGAAAAAGGAAAGUUAUAUCACGAAACUGAGAUGCUAAAACUGAAAAAGGACAAGUUAAAGUUGCAGAUAAAUUGCUAUUCGAAUGAGAUAAAAAACAGGAGAUGGAGAGGGAGAAGUUGAGGCUUGAGAUCAAGUUACUUCAGUCAAAAGUCAUGGAAGAUUCUAAUGACGUAUCUCACUAUAUUUUUGUGCCCUAAAUUCUCUAGACCAUGUUGUAUAAAGUUUGUAAAUAAUGUACCGUUUAAGAAAAUCAAUGUACAUGAAUAUGGCGGAGAUUACUUGUACAUAUGUACAGAUGUAUGUUAAUCGAUUAUUGAAAUGGAUCUGUGCUACAAAUUCACAUUGAAAACAGUACAAGAAGUCUUAAUUUCAACAAGAAAAGAUAUUCUUUAGAAGAUUCUUUAUUGAAAAUAUACAGAUAAUACCUAUGUCAACAUCAAUUAUGAUAUAUAAAAUUAUGAUUACGAAUAUGAGAUAUAAAAUAUUAAUUAUGGAUUUGUUCUGACAUUAAUCUAUAAGUUUUAUCUUGUU